AUGAGCCUGCAGAUGAGUGCUCACUCCCCCUCCUCCUGUGAUGCUGUCCCACUGUGGACUCCUAGUGUCCAGUCUGGCUCACCAGACACCUUGCCGCUGACCACCAGAAUCCUGAUCUGGUACAACACUGAUCUCUCAAGCUGCUUCCACACUCUGGACCUCCAAGAAGCUGCAGCAGCAUCGCACCAGCUGCCUCGCGCAAAGCACCUGCUCCAGGCCUAUAGGCACUGCCAUCGCUGCUGCUUCCACAAUGGAGCUCCCUCCAGAAGGUAUCAGAAGCAUGUACACACAUACAGGAUCUUACCCGAUGAAGAUGAUUUUCUGGCAGUACAGACUUCUCAAGGUGUGCAGGUGAGACGCUUCAAAACACUGACUGAGCUUAUCACAUCCUACCUCCAGCCGAACCAGGGUCUGGUCAGCACACUGCUGUACCCUGUAGAGAGGGAGGACAAAAAGGAAACAGCCGAGGACAAGGACUAUUCAGAUGGUGAAGAUGAGAAACCACCUUUGCCCCCUCGCUCUGCUUCAACCAGUUUCAGUGGCAGUGCUGGCACUUGCCUUAGUCCGGUGGCGCAAGAUGGAGCAGCGGACAGUGCAACUAAUGGGAUGACCACCAUGUCUCAUGAAUAUUUGAAGGCGAGCUAUGUCUUAGACCUGGAGGCAGUGAAGGCAGGUGCUACCAGCCUCCCACAUCUCAACAAAGCAUUAGUGACGUCCUGCAAGAGGUUGAACAGUUUGACCAGGUAA